AUGAUGUCUAACAAAUUACCUGAGGACACUGACAAGGAGACGCUCACUCACGGAAUGAGCACAUAUGAAACAUUCGGGGCCUCAUUAGAUGAUGAGGACGACAGCUCUGAUACAUCUUUGGAACUGGCCAACACUGGCAGUAGCCAACCCAGAAGCAGAUCAAAAGCAUGCUUUCUGUCGCUGUUCAGGCUGUUACGCUCCAGGGAAUUCUACAGAGCUUUGUUGUAUGGCCAGAGUCUGUCCAUCCUGAACUGCGGAACUGCUGUUUUCUCUGGACUAUUGCAGAUUCAAGGGGUUAAUGCUUCAACAGCUCAGAGUUUUGGCAUGUACUGUGUCUUGUGUUUGGUGUUUACCACCCAGCUGGCUUACAAAAAAGGCAGCAGAAACCUCUUCUGUUUGUUGUGCUCUCUUGAUGGCCUGAAGUAUGCUCUGAUCGGCAUCAUUGAUGUGGAAGCCAACUACCUGGUGGUCAAGGCAUACCAGUACACCACAGUGACCAGUGUCCAGAUCCUGGACUGUUUCAGCAUUGCUGCAGUACUGAUCCUGUCUCGUAUCUUCCUGCACACUCGCUACAGGCUGACUCACUACGUGGGGGUCAUCAUCUCUGUUCUGGGUCUUGGUGGACUGGUCUGGGCUGAUGUCAUCACUGGCAACACUGAGGGGGAUAGCGGUGGUUCUAAUGUAGCUCUGGGUGAUGUGCUGGUGAUAGCUGGAGCAAUGUUGUAUGGGGUCAGUAAUGUAGCCCAGGAGUUUGUAGUGAAGUCCUACAGCAGAUCUGAAUUUCUGGGUAUGCUGGGCGUGUUCAGUACUCUUGUCUCGGGGAUACAGGUAAUAUUUUUAGAGGCACAGGAUCUGUCAAAGGUGGAAUUCUCAUCUUAUAAAGUCAUACUACCCUGGCUUGCCUUUGUGAUCUUCUUGUUUGUGAUGUACGCCUGCAUGAGUCAUGUGAUCCAAAAGACCAGCGCCACCGUCACAAACAUAUCCAUUCUGUCUUCAGACUUUUACAGCCUUAUCUUGGGCAUUUUUAUAUUCCAUUAUGAAUUCCAUGUGCUGUACCUGGUUGCCUUUGCUGUGGUUAUCAUCGGUGUGGCCAUCUACAGCUUUUAUCCAACCAGCUCGACAACAGUCAACAGUACAGGUGAAUCUGACACCAGCUAG